CACUCAUAUCUAGGGCCUAUUCAAAUGCCAGAGGCCAUUCAACAUGACUGCUUAGGCCUUCUCUACUUCAGAACAAUCUCUUACCUAGGGAGCUCACGUGUGUAAUCUCAGCUGUCAACAUGACCCGGCAAAUCCUUCCAGUACCAAAUCCGGUAACAAGCUAUUGGCUCAGCGAACCUCACAGGUACUCGGAUCUACAAUCCUCACCAAGAUUGCCUGAAAGAUGCGAUGUAGCUGUUGUGGGAGCAGGGCUUGCUGGUGUGCUGUCCGCCUACCACAUCUUGAAGAACACGGAGCCGCCAGGACAGGAUGUGAUUGGCGGUCAUAGUGGCAGCAAUGAUUCAAGAAACAUCGAGGGGGCAAAGGUCACAUUGCUGGACGCAAGACAAUUGUGCUCAGGCGCUACGGGUAGGAAUGGCGGACAUUGCAAAGUGCAGGUCAAAACACUUCUGAAUCUGCCUGAUUCUGACAGCGAUAGAGGGAAACGAAGGACGCAGUUCCAAGAUUACGUCUUGAAAGUGAGGGACGAACUGAAGAGCAUCGUCGAAGCGGAGGAUCUGGAUUGCGAGUUUGAGCUUCGUUACAGCUUCGACGUCUUCACAGAUGCCCAAGAAGCUCGAGAACUCAACUCCCGUUACGAAGCUGCGCGUGAGAACGGGGAAGCAUGGACUAGGAACGUCAGCUGGAUAGGGGCAAAACGAGCCGAGCAAGUUACGAGCAUCAUCGGCGCGAAAGGCGCUUUCAGCGUUCCAAUCGCCUCCUUUUGGCCCUAUAAGUUCGUCACGCAGCUCCUCGAACGCAUGGUGUCGCGCUGGCCAACACGUCUGAAUGUGCAAAUGAACACGCCUAUCACCUCACUCACUAGUUCUGCUUCUGCAUCUAACAAUCUCCUGGCCACAACCCGGGGCACUACCGUAGCCCAAAAAGUUGUUCUAGCAACAAAUGCAUAUACAGCUGGGCUUCUACCUUCAUUCAAGGAUAAAAUAGUCCCGGUUCGUGGUAUGGCGAGUCACCACCGUCCAGCACAGCCCGUCCAUCCGCAUCUCGACAACACGUACAACAUCAACUUUGGCCGGGACAAAGGCGUAGACUACCUCAAUCCGCGACCAGAUGGGGGAAUUGUCGUUGGAGGCGGAGGGUGGCUGUUCAUUCAAGAUGAAGCUUCCUGGAAGGACAACUGGGACGAUGCCCAUUUGUUCCCGGGACACGUCAUGCGGUAUUGGAGGAGAUAUAUGCAGGACAGAUUUUUAGGUUGGAGAAGCAGCGGGAGUGAAAAUGACUACAACUGGACAGGUAUCAUGGGACGAACAGGCGAUGGCCAGCCCUUGGUGGGAAAAGUACCGGGAAAGGACAGCGUGUGGGUGCUUGCCGGCUUCAAUGGUGGGGGCAUGGGAAUCAUUGCACUAUGCGCGCGAGCCAUAGGCAAGAUGGUGGUGCAGAAGACGGACUUUGAAGAUGUAUGGGAAGAAGAGGGUCUGCUGGAGGGAUUCCAUUGUUCUGCAGAGAGGCUAGGGCGUCUGUAAAGGAAAAGGCUAAUGGUGAGGCUUAUAAGAGAUGGUGGAGUCAGCUUCAAAAGAGGCGAACACCCAUGACUCGAUUUUCAAGAUCUUUGUUUUCCUAGACAGACAUCUUUACAAAUACAUGUUCAUAGUCC